AUGGCGGACUUGGCUAACACGACGGAUUGGGAAGAGAGCGCGAAUUGGCCUCCUGCGGACACUUGGAAUACAAAAUGUGAGUACUAAACUUUCAAGUUGCAGACUUUUGACUCUUAGUAUUCUUAAUUCCUAUGUAAUUCCAAGAAAAUAUAUACCCAGUUUCAUAGUUUCGGCAGUUGUUUCAUUUAUGAGACGUGAAACGCUCCACUAAUAAGCAACAAUUUGUGUUUUCAGUCGAGCGAUACAGCAACAGAAAGCCGCCGUAUUUCGUACCCGAAUUUUACAGGACAAUGAUUCACGAUAUGAACACAUUUCUGAAAGAAAAGGAGAUCAUGGGUAAGAACGUGGAAUGUGUUUGAGAGAGGCCAUCUUGUGUCUUUUCAAUGUCUGGUUGCCACUACUAAACUGAAUCUUCUGAUUUUUAUCCGGCGCGUACUGUCUACAAAUUGGUCGGUCUCUCUUUCUUUGUACCUAUGAUCCUCUCUAAUUAGCCUCCACAAAGAACCAAGACAGCUUUUAGAGUAUAUGCCCAUUAAAACGGGGAGAAAGGGGAAACGGGAUUAGCUCAAUUUGAAAGGUGCAUCACUAGGCACCGCCGGGCAUAGGACAGGAUUAGGCUCAUCUAUGUAGGUCUGCAGGAGCUCCGACCGAUUCGUGCACUAACAAAAAGGGACCUCGUCGUUUUGCAAUGUUUUAAAACCGCAACGUCCCGAUGCCUUCGUAAUCUUUAAUAGCGCAUUGAACUUUUGAGCCGGUUAGGCCGGAAAAGGCAGUUUUUGCGGUAAACAACACUCUUUCGGCUUCCAUCAUGUAUGGACCCAAGAUACGACAAUCCAAGCCCAAUAAAUCUGUAGCUUCGGUCCGAUUCUAACCGCAAGUGGGUUUAAAGUUCAGGUGUCAAAAAACCUUCGAAAAACUUGGUCGGCAUUUUACCCAACCCCGCAUUUUUCCGGCAAAAAUGACAUAUUCGGCCGGAUUUUAUAUAUCAUCGUUUAUUCAUCAAGAAAAAGAAGAAGUUAGAAGCGGAAAUAAGUAUUGGGGAGAGAAGAGCAAAUAACGAUUAAAACUAGGACUAUCCCGUAAGAGAUUUACCUGUCACAAGAAGUAGACAGAUACGAUAGGAGAUGCGUCAAACAAAGAUUCAAAUUUACUUACACACAUCAAAUCUAUUCAAGAAGUUGUCGGUUAUGCUAAAUCUUCAGGAAAUGUUGUCUGGUACCACUGCUCCAUUAUUAUGCGAACCACAGCUUUCUACAUGCUCCCACAUACGGUUAAUGAGCGAACGCUCGCCCAUAGUGUAAAAAUCCUGAAGAAUGAAAUCGAUAAGUGGAAGGAUGAAGUUUUGAAGACAAAUAACUUAUGUAAGCUAUCAUGAGUCACUGCAGAACUUAACUAUACUUCUUUCAUUUAGGCUCCGAAACACUCCAAAAGUUGGAGAUAAAAAUAGGACACGUAUUUGCAGAGGCAUCUCAUGCGCUCGGAUUUUUUGAUGAUAUGCGUAAAUUAUAUAGUUUUCUCCUACAUUGGAACAAAAAUCAUUUGCAGAAACGACGCAGCUGCAAUAUUACGAGCCUGAAAAAGGAGGAGAGAAAAUUUGCCGGUGGAAUGAGUCUAUCGCGCCGCUUUGCUUUAGAGCUCUGAACAACUUGGUGAAGAUUAUGAAUGAAAACGGUUUGUAUCGUGAGUUCAAAGCUAUCGUUUUUUUUUGAAAAGUUCAUCUUUCGUUUUAAGAUCUUGUUGAAAAACUCCCUAGUUGCGCGAGGAAUGAUGGUAAUUUGAAAAUCCUAAAGCAUUCAUUGAAGCAAGGACUUUGUUCGUAUUAUGAGGAAAGAACUAGGGACCGAUUUGUUUCAACAAAAGCAGCUUUGAUUGUUGAGUAUCGUAGAAUUAAGGAAAUGGUGGAAGAAAUCGAGAAAGGUGAGUUUUCUGUUGUUUCCAUUCUUUUCAUUUUGAAAAUGUUUUCAGCAACAACUAAGAAAGAACUUGAUGCACUGCCUUUCGUCUCACGUGCUCUCCGAUCAAGAUUAUGUACUGAUUUGUCGUCGUUUUGUCCAGAUAACUAACUUUUUUGUUUAGUGUUUGUCAAUAUUGGAGUAUCAUGGAAGGAUUGGGUGCCGAUGGAAGUGCAAUCAGCAGUUUUCGAGUUCAAAUAUGCACUACGAAAGGCGAAACUUUUCGGUAAUAGACGUAAAUGUUUAGUCAACCAAUUUAACUAUUUAAAGACUACUUGAACGAACUGAAUCUUCCGCCAGAUGAAGAGCCCAAAUCGGAAGUGAAUUCGAUGGUUUUCUGCUACAAUCCAAUCGACUUUUGGGAUUUGAAGGAACAUUUUGAGGCACUCAAGGUAGACAUGGACAAAAUGGGUGUCGAGAGUGAGUACAAAACGAGAAGCGCAGAGAAGACAGUUAAAUUUUCAGAUGACAUGUCCAGAUCAGAUGUGCCUCUUCGUUGGAGCUUUCCCCGUUUGGACGAAACGUCGUUUGAAUGCACGGAUACUUCUCUCUGGGCGACAUGGAUUCCAGCGCAGUUGAAAGCCGAUCUGUUCGCAGUGAGAAGACAUAGUAAACUGAAUUCCAUAAUUACCUUCUUUCUAACUCAAUGUUUCAGUUGAAUUCAUACAAUAUACAGAAGAGAGAGAUAACAUCGCAAUUCGUGAUGAACUAGCUGAGAGUUCAAGUGAGGAACAACAAGCCGUUAGGCCACAAUUGUUGAAAAGAUCCUGUAAGGGAGAUGACCCGAAAUGUCCCGGAUGUUAUACUAAAAAAUGGAGAGAAGAAAAGUUGACGAGUGAGAAUGCAGAAAAGGAAAAAGAAGGAGAGCCGCCCGCUAAACGGAUGAAAGAAUAACUCAUUAUUGAAUUUCAUGUAUCUCCAUGUUCUCGUUAUUUGUGUCUCAAUAUUUUGAUCCGUACAUCCGUUCUCAAAUUGACUCUCACAUGUUUCCAUUAUCUUCUUCCGUUUAUACUCUAGAUCUCAUAUAUUUUGUAUGAUGCCCAUUAUAACUCCAAUGAACUCCAAUAUAACUCCAAUGCUUCACACAUACUGAAUGAAAAACGAGCUUUUCCUGUUUUAUCUCGAACGUAUCCCAUCUUUCGUGUUACCAUCCAUUUACCAUUCAUUUUCUCGCCAUAUUUAUUUUUCUAUCUUUUCAUUAUCUACCUUUCAUUAUCACAGUACCACCCGCAGCUGUGAGCACACGCGAUCUACUUGUCCAAGUUAAAAACAUCUAUGAAAAUUGACCAAAUUUCAAAACACUUAAGCAGUGGAGCGCGUUAACUCACAUCCGCUGGUGGUCUGUACGAGUUUUUUCCAGACUUGACAGUUUACCAGCAGUGCUUCUUGCGUGAAACUAAUAUUACGGAAUUCUCACUGUCGGUCCUCAGUCUACAUCUGGUUUUUCUCAAGUCCAAAAGUUUCUGACUAAUAUUGCGGGGUACACUCUGUCUUAGUUUGUUUGUGGUACCCCCUUCCUCCCGUUCUUUUCUCCUGCUUAUCCUUCUCACAAUAAACGAAUACAAUACAAUACAAUAAUAUGAUGAUUAUUCUCUUGCAUGCGGAUUCCACUUUUAUUUGUCAAAUAUGAUAUUUUUCUGUGAAUGAAUCUUGGACAAGGGAGAAAAAGCGCAUUUUCAGAAGUGUUCGGGACUAAAUAUAACGAAGCCUUUGCUCACUGUUCUACAGAAUGUUUUAGGUGCUCUGCUUGUGAUGAAGUGAACAGUCUUCCGUGAUUCGUUUGGACCUAAAGGCACGCGGCAAAGUACAUAACUUUAGUCACUUGCUGUAAAAUGUUUUCAGGGUAAAUCACUAUUUCUCGGGACCAGAUGAUCGGUUCGAUCUAAAAGUUGACCCUGGUCAUUUUGAUUAAUUUGACUAACCAACCCUGGUCAAACUUUUUUAGCUCAAGGUAACGGUCCCCCAAUUCCUUUUCUUUUAUUCAUAUACCCUCAAUCUUGACUUUCAUUCCAAUUCCACGUUUCCAUCAUCUCGGAACAUUAUGCAAAUGAAUGGUUGUCACCGCCAAAAGUUGAUUGCAAAUCGUGGGCUCUUUAUCGCUUAAUUGAUCUUUCGCGCGUACGAUGACCGGAAAUUGACACGGCGAGAUUGAGCAACAGUUAAAUUAACACGAAAAGGGGCGAGAUGAGACGAGCACGCGCACGCGGUUAUUGAUGAUUAUCUAGAUGAAUGGGAUGUACGUAUUCAAUGAGCCCAUAAGUCCGAAUCAAGAAGAUUUUGUAUUCCUUUUGAAUUACUAUCGGACAUCGGUACAUCAAAUGGUAACAAUCAGGACAAAAAAAAAGACCAUAACUGUCAGUUAUGGAGUGUCCUGAUCCGUCGAACUAUACCAUUCCCUUCAAAUGUUUCUGCAAACCACUUCAAAGGGUUGAAACAUGUCACAUCAGUCGAAUUGAGUGAUUGCGCGCACCAUACCUCACAAUGGAUCGUCUUACAAUUAGUAUUGUUGGUCAGUCUCAAAAGAUGCCGACCGCUGUGAGGUAAACUUCCGGCUCAUGCGUUUGAUUCAUCACUCUCAUUUUUUCCAAUCUUUGUGCGCCAAGACGAGAUUGAUUGGUGGUUGUCGGAAACGGCUCGGGUGGGUCAAAAUUGAAAGUUCAAACAUUUCGAAUGUUUUUUAUGCACAGUUCUUGGAAAUCUACUUUCAGACGUGAUUCUCCCGAUUUUCAUUAGCUAAUAACCUUUUCCUCAACAAAAACCAACCAACAAACAUCUCUUUUUUAUAAAAUUCGCGCCUUUCCCCUCCAUCAACACCCCUAACAUAUGUUUCAUUGAAAUUUCCAACCCAACCCCACUAUUAUAAUGAAAUGAGCUUGCAAAUCCCAGUGAUACAUUAUAAAUAAGUCUUGUACGGGUCGCGCGGCAAAGCGGGUAGUAAAAAGCUUUAGAUAGUCGGGCGAUAAACGUGUGAAGACGCGAUUGAAAGAGAACGAAUUCGAUUUGCUAUUCCCUAUUCCCCCUUCUCAUUCUUCGUGCUGAAUAAUUCAUCGAAAUUCACAGAUAGUUUCAAGAAGCGCGCGGGUUGGUGUUUCACGUUUCGGGAUUGCAUUACACAUCAUCCCAGAAAAGAGGAGAAGAAGAUCACCUGCCGCCUUUUCAUUGUCUUCUGGACCCCCUUUCGCAUAAUCCGUCUGACAGUGUGCCUCCUGCCACUAUUGUUGCACACUGUUCUCACACCUUUUUGCGUCAUUUCUGAAGAGUUCGUGUUGAUGAGUUAUGACUUGAUGAGUUAAUCCGUUCUUGGAAUGAAGUGGAUACGGUUUUUAGAGCAUUUUUAUUCCUGAUUAUGUUCAAGGUACCUGUGAACAGUGGAUUUAGAACUUCACAUUUUUGAACAAAGUUCGGGCCUCCUGGACCGGCCCGGUCUGAUUUAUCUGUUUAUGCGAGUUCAUAGUGCUCAGAACAAAAGCUUUUGAAAAACAAUCGAGGGCCAGUUGUUCUCACUUACUAGUACCCAAUAUCUCGAUUUCUGUACACAUCUUCAUCAAUCUUUCAGAUUCGUACCGAAAUUCAUUUCAAAGCACAUUUUUGCAGUUUCCUUUUGAUUGUCAACACCAAAACCUUGACACUUCAUUGUCAUCCGUUCAUCCUUUUUCCCAAACCAAUAAUUCUGGCCAAAUUCAUCAACACAUGAAUAUAAAUACAGCCAUAAAGCCGACCCCGUCCUUCUUCUUCUUCUUCUUCUCAACGGCCCUUUGCCUCCUGAUGUGCAUACGGUAGCCGUCCACCAUAGUGCCCGCCCAUGCGGUUUCCCGUCCUCUAUUCCGACACAAACCCCACCUCCUUCCUCCGCCCGACGUGCUUGCCCCGUUGCCUCUCCUCUUUCUUCCCUCUUUUUUUCUCCCGAUUCCCCCUGUUUCCACUUUUUUUCCAAUCUUCUCACCAGACGUCGGUGGUUUUUCUGUUCCCAAGUCACUUUUCACUCCAUUUGCAGAUUGUUAUUGUUUCGUCGCUAUUCAUAAGGAAGGCUGAAACACCAUCUGACUCCGACCAUGAUCACGAACGUAUUGCGCUAUUUAGCGCUUUACAUUUGUGUUGAUCUGACUCAUGGUGCAUACUUUUCACAGGUACCACACCUUUUCAGGCUCUAGUAAGCCCUUCUCUUUCAGUUUUCCAUGAGAGCUCCCGAUCAUGAUCCAUGCCAUGACCAUACUGGAAGACCCGUUCGAUGUGUUCCUGAGUUUAUCAAUGCCGCUUUUGGAAAACCUGUCAUUGCUAGUGAUACCUGUGGAGCCAACGGUCCUACCAAGUAAGUUGUCUCUCCAUCACUCACUAUUACUCGUCUAAUUGAUUGAUCCUCUCUUCCUCUUUAACAUGAUUAGACACCCAUUGUGGUUCUUUUCCUCUUUCCCUUCCACACCACGAAAUACCUCUCUCAUUUUUCCAUUUCCUCUCGCUCUUAUUCGCUAUCACCCUAAUUGGAUUCUUUUCCCGAGAUCAAAAACUUAUUCUGCGCCACAAGGGGUACAAAUAAACAGCAUUUUUAGCGAGAUUGAGAUUGCCUAGGUAGUGCCUGCAGUUUUUUCAUUACACACGAGCUACCUACUCUGUUUGCAAAAACCUUUUGAGGGUCAAUCUGAGAAAUGGAUUUUUCAGGUUUUGCACUGUGAAGGAAGGUGCUGACGGAAUCAUCCGGGAGCAAUGCGACUCAUGCGAUGCUCGCGACCCCCUGCUCGCUCAUCCAGCCUCUCUUCUCACCGAUCUCAACUCUGUCGGAAACAUGACUUGUUGGGUGUCUUCGCCCAGUCUGAGCCCACAAAACGUGUCACUCACUUUGUCACUCGGCAAAAAGUUCGAGCUAACCUAUGUCUCCAUGCACUUCUGCUCCCGUCUCCCCGACUCGAUGGCUCUUUACAAGUCUGCUGACUUUGGAAAAACCUGGACUCCAUUUCAGUUCUACUCUUCCGAAUGCCGUCGGAUCUUCGGAAGAGAUCCGGACAUCCAGAUCACCAAGUCAAAUGAACAGGAAGCGGUUUGCACGGCAUCUCACAUUAUGGGCCCAGGUGGAAACCGUGUCGCUUUCCCAUUUCUCGAGAACCGACCAUCUGCGCCCAACUUUGAAAACUCUCCAGUUCUCCAAGACUGGGUGACAGCCACCGAUAUCAAAGUUGUUUUCUCGAGACUCAGCCCAGACCAGGUGAACUUGAUCUAAUCAGACGGAAGUAAAUGCAAUGAUCAGUUCAGGCUGAACUGUACGGAUUGUCAAACGACGUCAAUUCAUACGGUAACGAGACGGAUGAUGAAGUCAAACAACGCUACUUCUACUCAAUGGGAGAACUGGCGGUCGGCGGUCGCUGCAAAUGCAAUGGUCACGCCAGUCGAUGCAUCUUCGACAAAAUGGGCAGGGUAAGCACUUUUCGUUAGUCAGUUAGUCAUCAUCGUUACUCAUAACACCAUUCUCAUCAAGAAAUGGAAAACGUUUUUUUUUUCUUUCAGUACACUUGCGACUGCAAACACAAUACGGCCGGAACUGAAUGCGAAAUGUGCAAGCCGUUCCACUACGAUCGUCCCUGGGGCCGAGCCACUGCGAGUUCCGCCAACUCUUGCGUUGGUAAGUCAUAAAAACUGACGACUACUGUUUUCGCGCACUCUACCGAUUAGUUGUUUCUCAAACAGUCUCGCAUUUGCGCCGUUCCUAUCUCAAUGGUUAUUAGUAGCCUCCUCUCGGUGACCGUUCCAUCUCAUUACAAAUGUCAACGAGUACAAUGCGCGACCACCCAGUGGGAUACCAUUGUUGGAUUCUAGGAUUUUGGAAUUACGGUGAAAUCGAGAGAGAGAGAGAGAGGCAAAACGGGAUAAUUAAAACUGAUGAUCCACCUCAUUUUCAUUCUCCAUUAAAAAACGGCGUCGCGCGAAUCAUAAUCAAAUAACGAUUAUAAUCGGAUUCCGUACGGCUUCUUAUUCCAUUCCCAAACCCAAGAAAAGCGGGUCAAAAAGCGCGUCUGAUUGUGUUGUUGCCGACGAGCGAAAGGAAUCGAAUACAAGUGCCCUCUUGAAGCGAUUUCGCCUUUCUUAGAUGAGAAGGAGGGUCGGCAUCGAUGUGCCGAGCUCAAAAAGAUCUCGGCUCUUCGUUACCACAAUUUGAUAAAAGUACGAGACAUCUGGAGCCUUCCGACUACUUGUUUUGCUCUCGUUCCUCGUUUGGUAUGCACACACAGGUGAUGCGUGGGGGGGCAUUGUUCCGAACCCCUGUAUUAGGCGAUAUACAAACAACCGGCAAUAUAGGGAACCUUUGCGCCGACAAUAUGUAUUGGAUUAACUAUGUAUGACGAACGAGGUGUGAAAAGUCAGGGAAAGGCGGUGAAAGCUUCCCCUGCUGUCACCGAAUUUCAUUCUUUGAAGGGGAAGAGCUUUAAUGAAUGUGGGGGCGAGCAUUCCUACGGUAGGCAUACAUAGACAUGUGUUUGCAUGAAUUACUGCGAGAUUAAUCGCCAGACGGUUGUAAAUAAACUGCGAAGCGGGCCGCCCGGAUUAUUGAAUGAUGAAUUGGAAAUUCCAGCUUGCAACUGCAACCAGCACGCAAAGAGAUGCCGAUUCGACGCUGAGCUCUUCAGAUUGAGUGGAAACCGGUUAGGAAUAAACUUCAACUGGGGGUUUGAAAUUUUACUUCGAAUUUUCAGAUCCGGAGGUGUAUGCCUCAACUGCCGACACAACACAGCCGGAAGAAACUGUCACCUUUGCAAGCCAGGAUUCGUUCGUGACACGUCUCUCCCAAUGACUCACCGAAAAGCCUGUAAACGUAAGUUUUGAGGGGAAGGCGUCGAAAAGCCAUUCAUCAGCCGGAAACCCCUCCAGGCGGCUUUUCGCAUGUGUUCUUCUUUAUGUUCAAUCCCCGGGGAUCACUGGCAACACUAACACUGGCCUGAUCUGCUAAGCAUGGCCCGUUGUAAAAAACAGUAGGGGCGGGGGGAUUUGUACAAGUGGGCCAUUAAUCCCGCCAGGCGUGCUCACGAAGCGACUAAUUUCCGAGGGACUAGACGUCCAAUUUAAGCACCCUUCUCGAGGACCAAUGUUGCGUAAUUGAAACACAUCUCUGCUGGUGGUCCUGGUCGAGGUCCUUCAAAUAAAAGUGACCAACGUGUCCGAAUGUAUAGCACUUUGCUUCCCCUUCUCGCUGAUUGUUUCUUCUUUUCCCUCAAAACUUCAGUAAAGCCCUAGUAGCCUAGAGAAAAUAGGAAAUCGAAUUUCGGAAUGUUUGCGGAAAUUGAAAUUGAGUGGACGUGGACGAGUAGUGACCGCAGCCACUAGUUUCUCUCUGUGUUGAUUAGAUUUAGAAAGAAGGGUAAAAAAAGGAGAAAAAAGUGCUGGGAUGAGUUGACCAGUCCCAAGGGACUGGUCAGUACUUUACCGGGAGGUAUGGUCUCUUUUUGUUAGUUGUACCAAGAUUCAAGGGACCGACUUGAUUUUGAUUUUAAUGCAUCUAUUCGUUUCCUGUUCCGGUGGCGCCGCAGACGAAUUAGCGCCUGUCUUUUCUCGGAACCUUGCUUCAUGAAAAAACAUAAAUUUAUCACCAAAUCCAUCUGCGGACUUUUACGCUUCACUACCUUUGGCUAGGCUUAAUGUGCUAUUAGCCAAAACAAAUACAAAAGGCAUGGGAAACAAGGAAAGACAGCCAGUCGCGGGAUGAGAAGAGGCAAAAAGGGUGAGUAUCGCCUUUUUUGUCCUUGGCUGGUCAGCGACGCGAAUAGACGAUGAUUGCAUAAUACGCGCGCAUCAUCUCGCACCUCAUAAUGUCUCCAAUUCCCCAAUUUCUCACCUCUGCCACAAUUAAAUACCAACCGGAAAAGAAAGAGAAAGGGAACUGAACAAAACGAGAAAAAAUGGGAAAAGUGUACAACACUUGAGUCGAAAUUUGGUUAUCUCGGCUUGCUGCACCAGUCGGAAAGAUUACCGUACCCUUCUUUUCACAUCAGUUGCUCCGCAUCACUACUUGUCAGUGCUCAGCGGAGCAGAGGAGAAGCACAUUUAUCAAAAAGUCUUGGAGCAUCUCGCGUCUCGGGGACAAAUUGAUGUUCAGAGGGAGGGGGGAUCCCACAUUCUACCUAUCUUCUCAUUUGUUUGAUGAAAUUUAUUGCGGCACAUCGAGAGAAAGAUACGUGUUGAAAUAAUGCCCCGCGAACAAUGUUGCAGCAACAAAUUGAGAUUGAUUUGAGAGAUACGGGUGAUGAGGCGAAGAGAGCUCCACUGGCUACAGGUUUAUAUGAAAAAGUGGGGAGGAAGGGACCAGCAAGCGUUGGGUAACCAAUAUUAACCUAUAAACUAUUACAGCUUGUGCGUGCCAUCCAGUCGGAUCACUCGGAAAAAGUUGCAACCAAUCAUCGGGACAAUGUGUUUGCAAGCCGGGAGUCACCGGAACCACCUGUAAUCGUUGUGCUAAAGGAUACCAGCAAAGUCGUUCUACGGUCACCCCGUGUAUCAGUAAGUAAUGAGCAUUGUAAACCUGAAACCCGUCCUAUUGUAAUGAAGGGCUCUUAGUCCAAAUUUUGGAAAAGAUGACACCAAAACCAAACAAAUGAAUCAAAUUACAUUCCGAUUCCAUUCGAAUCUUUUCAGAAAUUCCGACAAAAGCUGAUUUCAUUGGAUCAUCGACGUCGGAGGAGCAAGGUAAGCAAACAAACACGCAUAGUUAGACCCUGAACACAAUGCCCUUGGUAGCCAAACGCAAACUAUAUGGCAAAUAUUUGGGGGAUUCCUCAAGACCAAGAGAAAAAAAAACGAAUAAAUUUGUAGACAAGUGUUCGAAAUGCCGGAUUGUGCCGAAGCGACUCAACCAGAAGAAGUUUUGCAAGCGGGACCACGCCGUUCAAAUGGUCGUCGUCAGUCGGGAAAUGGUGGACGGAUGGGCCAAGUACAAGAUUGUCGUCGAGUCGGUGUUCAAGCGCGGUACCGAUAAUCUGCAACGUGGCGAGACUUCUCUUUGGAUCUCCCCUCAAGGUGUCAUUUGCAAGUGUCCGAAGCUCCGCGUCGGACGUCGUUAUCUCCUCCUCGGUGAGUUCAUUACACAACAACCCAUCCCAUUCCAUCUCAAUUGUCUGUCCGACGUACGUUGUUUCCGAGAAACAACGGACGGAUGGGGGAAAGGGGUGGGGAUAGUUAGUGCCAAUGAUAAAUGCGACCAAAAAUGCUAAUUAGGCCGCCUUGGCGAAGUGUGAAAUGUGACAGGAUGGAUUAGAAGCGGAACAAAAGAGAGCGGGGAGAAGGCGGCCGGCUAAUCUGAUAUCUCGAUUGUUACAGGCAAAAAUGAUUCGGAUCACGAGCGCGAUGGACUUAUGGUCAAUCCACAAACCGUGUUGGUCGAGUGGGAGGAUGAUAUUAUGGAUAAGGUACGAAAAAGGGACCGGGAUUUGAGAAAUUUCAUAAGCUAUCGCAUUUUCUUGCAGGUGCUUCGUUUUUCGAAAAAGGACAAGCUUGGACAGUGCCCACAGACGUCGUCACACGCAUAUUAA